AUGCCUACGGAAGCAGAUCUACUCUCAAACGAGGAACUUUUGGGCCUUCGAGAAGAGAACACAAAUGCAAAUAUCGAUAAUAGUACAGUGGUCCCAGAGAAACCUCGAAGAAGAUAUCAUAAACUAACCAAUGAUCUUAUGUUAGGACAACGAGGAGUUCCUGCAUUACAGAGGGCACUAGGUAAAUUCCGAUUUAAAGCUAAAAAACAACGAAGUCAGAUGACUUCGUACGAAAAUUACAUGAGUGGGAAGUAUGAUCACUCAGUUCAUUUCGAGAAUCUCACACGACUUGUUCAUAUAUAUCAACAGUGGGGACACGAGAUAUAUCCUAAGUAUAAGUUGAAGGACUUCAUACCGGUAUUGAGUCGAGCAGCCGAUAUGCCGGCACUCAAGGAGUAUAAGAGAGCUCAGAUUAGGAAGGAAGUGGAUGAAAAAGUGCAAAAAGAAGCCGAAGAGAAGAUGAGUGUAGAAACGGGAGAGGAGAUAGGGGAGGUGACGAAAGAGGAGACAGGAGAUGUGACUGCAUCAUCGUUGUUUGUUGGAGAUGAGGAGCCAUUGUAUAGUGUGGCCAGUAAUAUGAAAUCAGGUAAUGGGGGUGCCGGAGUUAGUGUGGGUGCAGACGGGGACACUGGGGGUGCAGACGGGGACACAAGGGGUGCUGUGGUCAUUGGGGGUGCAGAUGGGGACACCAGGGGUGCUGAGGUCACCGUGGAUGCAAAUGCUGAGAACACCGAGAAUGCAGAACCCGGAGAUGCAGACGAAAGAUUUAUUAGAGAAUUGGAAAAAGAAAACGCUAAAAGAAAGAGAGCUGCUGCGGCUGAUAACUCUGACUUGGACGAAGAUAUUCUUGGGGAUAUUCUUAGUGAUGAUGAUGAAGCCGUAUCUUCAUUAGGCCCAGAUAAUACCACAUUCCUAGCUCAAGAUGCAAAAAAAGAUGGAGAAGCAGAAAAAUAUGCAGACGAUAUGCUACGAGAGAUGGGUUUGUAA